GUCCGGGCUCACCACGCUGAAAGUUAGACACAAAGAACACGCGGGCGGCGGAGGACAUCCAGGCGGGAGUGCAAUACCAACAGUAGUAAAGAAGAUGCAUGAGGAGGUUAAGCUCGGGGCGUCUUACAUCGUAAGGCUGCUGAAUCGUCACCAGAAACUGGACAGUAAGCAGGUGGAAAGGUUUACAGAGACUCUGACCGCCAUCCUGUGCAACAAAUUCGAAGGACAUUGGUACCCAGACAGCCCGCAGAAAGGACAGGCCUACCGGUGUAUACGGAUUGAGAAAAACCUCUUGGUGGAUGACUCUGUAUUACAGGCCUGUGUCAAGAGUGGCCUGCGCUGCUCGCAGCUGGCUUUGCCCAAAAACAUGUCCAUCUGGAUUGACCCCAAAGAGGUCAGCUGUAGGCUUGGAGAGAGCUGUUGUCCCUUUAUAGUGAAAGCUCCAGUGCCCGAAGAGUCCAAGAAAGAUCAAGGCUCAGACAAAUCUGACCUGGAAACCUCAGACUAUCACUCCGAUGGCUCAGACACCACAGGAUCACCCUCCGAGUGCUCCAGCGAGGACGAGGAAAGUGUUGGCGGCAAGGACAAGACCACCCCAAAGAUAGACACCCAAAAACCCGGUGCCCAGUUCUACUACAACCCGGCUCCGGCGUCCGCAGUCUACUAUCACUACCCUAGGAGCAACGUGAGCUUCAUUCCAGCCUACCAGCCCAUGACGGUCUAUUACCUGGUCCCAAAGUACUACACCAACAUGCAAACCAGGGGCGGCUAUCGCAAAUGGAAGUCCAAGAAGUCCCCACAUCCUGCCGACAGCUAAAAUAUAAACUGCAAGGACUGUUGUGAUUCGACCGCUGGAAGACCUCUAUCGUUUACCGUUUGGAAGUUG